AUGGGUGACGUCACGGAUAGCACCCCGACACGGGACCUCGCGGUCCCCGCGCCUGCCUCCGGCGCCGGCGCCGGGCGGCCCUUAUCACCACGCGGCGCCGGCGGCGGUGCCCCCGAGACGCGGCGCGGAGGCUCACGUCGCGGCGGCCGGCACAGAGCGCGCCACGGGCAGGCGGCGAGCUCCGAGGCCUCCGCGAGUAGUAGUCGGCGCCGCCGAGUGGAUGCGCGCGCGUCUUCGCAGCGACAGUCGCCAGUCCAAGAUGGCAGCAACGAUGUGUUGACGGCAGGGAGUAUGGCUGACAACACAGCCAAACGUGGAUUUUCGUCUUCAUCGCCGGUGUCCAGGGGACGAGGAGUGCACGCGUCGGGGAAUCCCGGGGACUCGACGUCGGGGAACCCGUUGGAGGCCAUCCGCCAGGCGGCGGGCAGCGGCCGCAACCCGUUGGUCGAGCGAAACAGAGCCCGACGAAAGAACGCACGCAGCAACAAUGCAGCGCUCGGGGCGGCGACGGGGGCGGCGGUGACGACAGCAGCGGCGACGUCUGCGGCCAGCGCUUCAACGGAUGGCAGCACGACAACGACGACAGCGACGACGACGUCACCCAGGAGCAACGUGGGAGGAUCUUCCAGCGCAGCGAGUGAGAGUGGAAAUGCGAGUGCGGCGGCAACGGACAGUGGCAGUGAAGGGUUGGGGCCUGGCAGCGGCCCCCGUCCGGCAGUGGAAGGCAGCAGCCACAGCGACCACGAGGAAAACCAGGACCCAGAAAUUGAUGAACUUGCGCGGCUGCGCUGCCCCAGCGAACGGACAGAAGUCAUCGCAGAGCGCGAAACGAGGCGGCAGCGCCGCUGCGCGGACUACCCUGGUUUCGCAUUCGGCUCCUCGAUAUUUGGUUCCGACACGCUCAUGAAGUUUAACAUUAUCCGGAACGAACUGCAGAACAUUAAAAACUCUCAAUUGAAAAGGUUUAUUGUCAAAAUGACGACGAAUGUGCAGCAAGGUACCCUCUUGGACGUGCUGAAGAAGAAGAUGAGGCAGACGAAGGAGGAAAUGGAGAAAUACAAGGAUGAGUGCGAGGAAUUUCAUAAAAGGUUGCAGGUUGAAAUUAUGCGCCGGGAAGAAGCUGAGGGUGAAAUCGCUGCCCUGAACCGCCGCAUCCAGCUGCUGGAGGAGGACCUGGAGCGCUCUGAGGAGCGCCUGGCCACUGCCACCGCCAAGUUGGCCGAAGCCUCCCAGGCCGCCGACGAGUCUGAGCGGAUACGGAAGGCUCUGGAGAACCGUACUAAUAUGGAAGAUGACCGAGUAGCAAUUCUCGAGGCUCAAUUGUCACAGGCUAAACUCAUUGCUGAGGAGGCAGAUAAGAAAGCUCGUAAGAUUCUUGAGAACCGCAGCUUGGCAGAUGAAGAGCGCAUGGACGCUCUGGAGAACCAGCUCAAGGAAGCCAGAUUCAUGGCAGAAGAGGCUGACAAGAAGUAUGAUGAGGUGAAGGAGCCCCCCUCGCAUGAAGGAACUUAAAACAACAUUGAGUUUUUUAACAAACAGAAAGUGUUGUGUAAUAAUAUUGACAUCUGUGGUUAUUACUCAAACACCAUGGAACAUUGCAAAGAUGGGAAGUUAUGUAGUCGUUUCGUGGCAGUUAUGAUUUCUAGGAAAGUGGCAAGACCUUUGUUAAUUUUUAAGUGAACAACAUUUAAGCCGAUCAGUUUGUGUUGAACAGUGCUAAGUUUUAUAAGACGACUUCAGCAAAGUAUUUAAGUGUCAAGUUACGUUAAAAAAACUAACUCGAUUUUGUGAAAGUGUAUCACAUGGCGUGUUGAAUUUUACUUUGAGUGAACUGUUUUUUUGUGCUCACUUGACUUAAGCAAUAUUCGUGUUAGUGUUGAGAAUCUACAAGACCUACAGUUCACCUUUUUUGUUACGUCAUUGCUGGACAUUGUGUGUGUUUCAAGUUUGUGUACCAGCUAUUGUCAGAGACAUGCUUGGAAUUUUAUUUUAACUUCUCUAAUAUUAACACAUCACUUAGGUGAUUGUAAUAAAAGAAAUGUGCUUCCACUGUAGAUGUAAAUGUUUUUGUAGCAGAGAUGGCAGAUCCCCUGUUUAAAGUUUAAUCUUAUUAGUGUGUUAAUUUCUUUUUGCUUAUUGGCAUGACUGUUUUGUAUUAACUUCACUUCUGCCCUGAGGUAAUAUACCUUUGCUUCAGUGCUCCCAAUUCAUAUUUAGACAUAUAAUCCAGUUUUGUCAAUUUUGUUCUUUAUUAAAUUGAUCAGACUGUUAAUUGUUUACUAAGUGUGCAUUGACCAUGGACAUUGAAUUUCUGUUUGGCAUGCACAGAUUCCUGAUUUUUGCUACCUAGAACAAAUGCCAUGUGACCAAGAGGUGCCAUAAAAAAGCUAAAUAUUUAUGAAUAAUGUAAUGAAGGUGCUUACAAGUGUAAAAAUUACAACAUUUGAGAGAAUUUGUUGGGCAUUUACAUAAAAUUUUUAUUAUUUUCCUGACAGCUGAGUUUUUUAAAUAUGUUCUAUUGUAAAACAGUUUGUUGAUUUCCAUAAUAGUUGGAUCUAAAUAUAUUAUUUCCAUCAUAAAAUAAACAGUUUGUAAAUAAAAUUUGUGGAUUGCAGUUUUAAAUACAUAAAUACAAAAUUCUAGAAAUCCUGACAUGGUAUGAGUAAAAGUCUGAUUUUUAAUUUUGUCAAAUAGAUUCACAUUAAAAACACUCUUAUGUGAAAGAGUUUAUUCUUCAGCAAGUACUGAAGCAUUUUCUGAUGAAUUUUUAUGAAUUUUUUGCAACUAUUAAAAACCAAUCUGAUAGGAUUUGCCAUUUUAAAAUAAUUGUGUUUAAUUGAAGGGAAGUAUUUGAAAAAAUUUGAAUUUCUGGAGUAAUAAAAAUCAAUUACAAUAAUUUUUUGCCAUUAGUAUCUAUUAAAUUUAAAUUAAGAAUUUUUGAAUCUGGAAAAAUAAAUUUAUGUUAGUUAAAUCUACUUCUAUUAAUUCUUACCUAAGAAAUGAAAAGAAAGCCAUGGUCUUUUACCUUAUUUUAAUGUAUAUAUAAAAAAAAUGUGUUAUCGGAAGUAAUGUAUAAAAUAGUUAACAUAUUCAUAAAAUAGUCAUACAAUUUCCAUUUAAUGAUUUAUGAUCCAUUUGAUAUUGGAAUUUUUUUACAAUGCUAUUUAAUAUGUUACAAUAGAGGGUAUUUAUUUAGUAAAAUAUUUGCCAAUAAUUAUUUUUGAAAUGAACUAUUCUUGUAUAAAUGAUUAUGGCACCUCAUGGCAUACAUUGUUGACAAUUAAAUUUAAUUGUUAUUGUUAUUAUUAUUAUGGUUAUUGUUAUUGUUACUAAAAUGUAAAUUAGGAAAACCAGAAAAGUAAAAGUGGAUCUGCAAAAACCAUUCACAAAAAAUUAAUGUGAAGUAUUUUGUCCUUGAAGAAUUUUUCUGUUUAUAAUACUUAUUGGUAUGUCUCAAAAGGCUGGGUGGAUAAUGCUUUUUCAUAAUUAUUUGGUGCCUUUUGUAAUAUUCAUGUUAAGUUUCUGACUAUCCUAAUUGUUAUUGUAUGUUUGUUGCAUCCAGCUUUUAGCAAGAUGCAUGAUAAUGAAAAUAUCUUUUGUUAAAAAAAAUGUUUUAAAAGAAGUUUGAUAAAAUUAUUACUGCCCUUUUAUGUUUAUGGACACAAUUAGUAGUCCUAAUGUUCUAAGCUGCAAAAAAAGGUUUGUCAAAUGUCAAUGUCCCUCUGUGUCAGUAUGUCUUAGUUUAAACAUGUGGAAUUGUGAGCACGAAUGGUUUGCUCCACAGGUUGCCCGUAAGUUGGCCAUGGUUGAGGCAGACUUGGAGAGAGCAGAAGAGCGUGCUGAGGCUGGUGAAUCGUAGGUUUCAAUUUUGGUCUCGCAUGCACAUUAGAAAUUUUCUGGACUUUCUGCUGUACUUAUUUUUUCCAGGUCUUUCUGUAGUGUUGUGUUUGUGUUCUAAGUAGAUGUUGAUUGAUAAUUUGUGGUGUGUUCGGUGUUUAUCUUGUCAGAUGUAGAAUAACCACUUUUCCAGGAGCAGUAAUCAAAGCUGUGACCAUGAAUGGAGUUAUGAAUACAGAAUACUUUGCAUUAUUCACAAAUAAUAUUUGCAUUCGGUAUUAGAAAUGCACAUGAAACAUCUUUGACACCAGUUGUGCAAUGUUUAUUUGAAGUGUCUUCUGCAUGAUCUGUCUUUGUUUUUUUGAAUUUAAACAGCAGUGAAUAAUCUAUAUUAUAGUGAACAAAAGUAUUUUAAAUUUCAUAGCACUGAAUUUCUGUACUUCACCUCUGACACUUUCAAUUGUUUCACUUGUACACUUAAAAUGUUUGUCUUUCUUUUCAUACACUAGUGAUUGUAAUUCAGAAUUAUUCAUUUAUAAUACCUGAACAUUUUUUCCAAAAGUAUUGCUUUGGUAAGGAAAAAGUAGUUGAUAAUCAUUUACGAAAAUUUAUUAAAAAUUCUUUUUUGAAACCUGCUGAUGUUUGAAAUACUGACAUUUUGCAGAAUUAAUAAAUGAUUAAAUUAUUGUGAUAGUGUGUAUUAACAUUGCAUGGAAUUUAUUAUUCAAAUUUUGUUGUGAAGUAGUGGAUGUUACUGUUUUGCCAAUCACAUUUUAAUUUGCUCUGGUUUUCUGACAAAAAGAUGUUAAGAAACACACAUUAAAUACCACAAGUUUUGAUGUUGCAAUUGUUGAGGUGCAGCACAGUAGGAAGUGUAUGCUGUAAAUGUUGCUACACUAGCACUGCAUGAGUAUGUUUGCACUGUGUGGUGUAGGUUGCCCGCAAACUGGUCAUGAUGGAGCAGGACUUGGAGAGGGCAGAGGAACGUGCUGAACAUAGCGAAAGUAAGAUUGUGGAGCUUGAGGAAGAGCUGCGAGUUGUUGGUAACAACCUGAAGUCCCUUGAGGUGUCUGAGGAGAAGGCCACCCAAAGAGAGGAGAACUUUGAGGAGCAAGUAAAAUCACUUGCUGGAUCACUCAAGGAGGCUGAGGCACGUGCUGAGUUUGCUGAGAGGUCUGUGCAGAAACUGCAGAAGGAAGUCGACAGGCUGGAGGAUGACCUGUUAGCUGAAAAGGAGAAGAAUAAACUUCUACAGGAGGAAAUGGAGGCAACCUUGCAUGACAUUCAGAACAUGUAAACCUCUGCCCUAGUGUGGCAUAAGAUGGCGUGAUUUUGUCGAGUGCUCAUGAUCCCAAGAUGAGCUGGUGAUUGAGAAGGAGAAAUACAAGAUAAUUGGUGACGAUUUGGAUUCUGCCUUCGUAGAAUUAUAUGGAUAUUAAAAUAUACAGCACCAUCCGAUAUAAAGAACGAUAUUGUCAUUAGUGUCAGCCAUUUUACUAUGCCAUCACUACUGUACUCAUACUGCUGCUUCUCUAAGUGGCCAACCUCAACAUGAGCUGCCUGCAUCUUAAAUUGCUUCUCAUUAAUUCUAACCCAAUCCUGCACAAAUGGAAAAAAAUAUAGCGCUUCAUUAAAAUGAUGUGUGUGUAAAAGAUGUUUAACACUACAGUUGUAGAAUGUGUUGGUAUUAUUCAUUAAUUUUCUUUAAUUUGUAUUUAAUUUUUCUUUUCAUAUUUCAUUUGCUCAUUUUGUAGAAAAACAAUUCUCACAUCGCUGUAACUUUUGGUAGAUUUUAAAUUGCUGCUUUGUAGUUAUUUUUAGAGUAGUAUUAUGCUUAAAUUGCUUCUCAUCAACCUCUUCUAAACUUACACCAGUACAUCCUCAACCAGUUGCGUGGAAGUGGGUGGGAGGGAAGGAUACUAGGGACCUUAGCAAUUUAAUUCAGUUUACUGCCAAGUGCUUUACGUUAAGAGUAAUGUACUCGAAAAUGCAGUAAUUGAAGUACUGUGUUGUAUGAAAACUAAUAGGACUGUACAUUUUUGGUAUAAUGAAUUAAUCGUAUUUAUGGAUUUUUGAAAGAAAGAAAAGAAGUUGAAGUUGUUGUAAGUGUAGUAGGAAUUACAGCUAAGAAUUUUAUAAUAUGUUAUUCAGGGUAAGUUUUCUAUAAUGUAUAAAAUAAGCUCUAGUACUUUGUUUUUUCAUGACAUAUAUUAAGGAAUGCCUGAAUUUUGUCAGUGCACUGUAAAUUCAAUAAAAAAUCAAACAUUUAUAUUAAGUUCAUGUGUUCAUAAUUCAAAAACUGUAUAUUUCGAUAGUGGUUUUGCUAGUUUAUUGCCAUUUUUGCAGAUGAUUGAAUAUCAUUUAUUUUAUUUUAAUUUUAAUUUCUUUUCAAUCUGCAAUAUUUAUGUGCAGUUUCUCUCAUGGCGUUUUGUUUUGUUGUCGAUUCUUUGCAGAUGAGUUGGUACACGAGAAGGAGAAGUACAAGUUCAUUUGUGAUGAUCUUGACAUGACUUUCACCGAACUUAUUGGCAACUAAACCACAACAAAAUGUGCCACACUUUGCUGUACUGUAUGAUGUUAAGAUCUUGGGUUCACAUUGCUUAGGUCCUCAACAUUCAACCAUCAUGACUAUUGAAAUGAUGGAAAAGUAAGAAAUGUUUAAUGGGCAUCUUCAUUUCUUUACAAACAUACAAGCAUUAUUUUUGAAAGUUAUAUUGGUCGGUGCUGUCUUGCUUAAAAUAUUUUACAAUCUGCUGCUCCUAUUUAAGGUACUUCAAGUACCAAACGCACAUCAUUUAGUAAAGGUGCUAUAUAAAAGUAACACAUCAAUAAAGAUACAAUUAAAUAAGUCUUUGUGAACCCAAUCUUGUUUGAGCAAAUUUAUCACACUGUAUAAAUAUGAAAUAAACAUCUUAUUUGCUAUGUUACAAUAUUUAUUUGAUUGGUAUUACUUCCUCUGUUGUUUAUGAACUAUGUUAUAUUAAGUUUAUUCAGCUUCAAUUUUGGGUUUAUUUAAGGUCUUUAUUUACAAGAAAAGAAUGUAUGAAACAAAGAAAAUUAAAUUGAUAUUUUGUUAUUUUAUCUUUUUUUUAGUUUUGUUACCAUUCUAUUUAGUUAAAAUUUAUGGUAUAAUUGGUAUUCUCUUUGAAUUUAUAAAUUUUGAUUUGAAAAGGCAGUAAGUCAGAUGUUGAUGACAGGGUCUUUUUUAGAACUAUUCAUUAAAUAUAGAACUUACAGUAGGUGGAAUGCAUGUGAGUAUGAAUGUUGACCUUGUCACAUUUCAUCAGAUGCCUUCAUUUAUUUCAUGUCAAAGAUGUUUGCACAUGUAUGAGCCUGCAAGUAGAGUAGCCUUUACUUAUUUUUUCUUUGUUUUUCUUCCAUAAAAUUUGGAAGUUUGAUUCAAUAUAUCAAAUUAUUAUUCUCCCUCCAUAAUAUGUAAACUGAUUUUGAUUUUUACAGUGAAAUGUUCAACAACUAAAGUGAAAGUUGGCAUCAGUUUUAUAAAUGCUAAGUAUCUUCGAAAUAGUUUGAUAUGAUGUUGAAUUUGUUUCGGAAUUUAGAUAUUAUUAACAACUUAGCACUCGGAAAACUGAACGAAUUGUGGAAAAUGAUGGUUUUUGUUUUGUGUAGUUUCAGUAAAAUAUAUUAGGACAAAUGAAAAUUGUAAAUUAAUCUUUUAAGAAUAAGAACAUUCGUUUCUUGAUCAAUGGUGGGUUAUUCAAUUUGUAGGUGGUUGAAUAAAAUGUGUGUUUUGAGAUAGAAUCCCAUCUGCAAAUAUAAAUUGACAUUUAUUAAUAAAACACCAUCUUAAAGAUUGUUUCUGUCUUUGGAAUAAAAGUGCUUAAGUUCAAAAGAAGUUAAUGAACAUUUACAUGUAUGACAAAUGUAAUUAAUUAUAUGCACACUCAAUCAAUCACCCAGCUAAUCAUUGUUUAAUGAAUUCAUUUAUUCAUAUUAGUGAUUGAAUAGAUGAUAGCCUCAUCACCACCUUUAUACAUACACACAUGCACUUCUCGCACUGCCCCAAACAACAUUAACUGGCACACUGCAAACCGCUAUGGUCAUGUACCACAGUAUGUCUUGGCAUGCUGUCAAAUCAUAUGAAAUGCAUGUGCAUGAUCAAUGAAAGAAUUCAACCGUCUGCUUGGUUAGCAGAUACAGUUUCAAAUCUUACUGUUGGGGUUGAAAGAAUAGGAAUCUUCAAAGAAAUAGCUGUUCACAGAAUGAAAAUGAUAUUAAAAAAAAAAAAUUCUUUAUCUAAUGAUUUAAAAUAGCAUAUGAAUGAAUUUUAAAAUUGAGCGGUUGCAAUGAAGUUGUGAACGGCCCCAGUUGUUUAUUGCUCAAUUAUCAUGGUAACAAAAGUAAUUUCAAUUUCAUUGGAGACUAACUGAAUGUGUGGAAUACAUUAGGAAUCAGAAAUUGUGGUGAAUGAAACAUUGUGACCAAAUACCUAGAAGUUCUCAUUGGGUACUGCUUUGUACAUGGUACAAAAUACAGUACAGUCUGCUUCAGCAAUCCAGGAAAAGCAGUAUACUGUGUGUGUAUUUUUUAUCUUAGGAAUUAGCUUUUCCCAUGAACACUUGUGAAGAAGUUGAGG